UAAAAAUACAGGGACACUGCUGUAGGGAGACCCUCAGAUUCUACCCAAGGGGACUUCAUGAGAACAAACCACUUAGGCCCUACAGAAACAGAUUGGAGGGAAGACACAGGGGCCCAAGGGAGAUGGUCUCUCUCCACAAGUAGGAACACCCCAGCCUCAGACACACACAGCAAGAAGGGGCCAGGGAGACUGCAAGACAAGGCAGGAUGGGUGCAAGGCAGGGGUGGAGGGGGAGGGACCAGCUUGGGUUACACCAGUGGGAGUGGCUCCACCCUUCCCAGCUCAGAGCCAUGGGGAGCCGAGGUCCUGGUGGGCUGCCUCUGGUGCAGGCUCCAUACACAGUUCUGCUGCUGCCGCUGGGGACAAGCCGCCAAGACCCAGGGGCCCAGAGCUUCUUCCUCUGGCUGCAGAGGAUGCAGGCUCUGGAGAGAGAACAGGAUGCCCUGUGGCAGGGGCUGGAGCUGCUAGAGCAUGGCCAGGCCUGGUUUGGAGACCGUCUGAGGGAGGCACAGCAACAGCAGCUGCAUCUGGGGGCCCUUGGUGAGAAUUUUCUAACAGAUUCACACCCAGAGCCUGGUGGCCCCCAGUUAGCCCAGAUUCAAAAGGUGAACAUCUGUUUGCAGAAUCUGAUUCAGGGGAAGAAAACACAGCGAAUCUCCCCUCAGUUCUCCCCAUGUCCACUGAACAAGGCCAGUUCCUGUGCCUCGCAGGAUUGGAAGGAAAGGCUAUGGAAGCAGAAUGUGUGGCAGCAACAGGAGUUGUCAAGGCAACAGAAAGGAGUCACCCAGCCAAAGAGGGAGAUGGCUAAGCUGGGCUGCCCCAAGGAACGAAGGGGUCCUACCCGUGUCUAAACCCUCUUUUCACUCCCCUUAGUCUGGUGAAGGAGCAGGCUGAGUCAAGACCCCCAGCCUCCUUGUUCUGCUUCUUAACUCAGCAGCUAAGUGGCUCCAGCUAGUGGGUCAAUGAAGUUCAAACUUGGUGUCAACUUUCUCCUGUGGUUCUGAAAACUUCUGUUUCAUCUUCUUGGUGUGCCAUGCCCUCUCUCUGCCCUAUAUGAUGUGUCAAAAUGAUCUGUCUUUGAAAUCCCUCUGGGUAGAAGACAUGUUUAUUGAAACUGUUCUUUAGGCUUAAAUAUAAAAAUAAAACAGAAACUUUUCCAGAAUUUAAUACAAAAACAAUCUAUAAAUAACAUUUUCUGGUAUCUUCCUACCCGACUCCCAAUGCUUGUCUCCUCCCCAGAUAUCUUCCCCUCUACCUGAGCCUGGGAGAGCAUGA